UUAAUGGUUGCUUCCAUAAGCAAAAAGCGUCCGCUGAAAACCACAAAGACUUGAUCAACACCAAGUCAAUUUCCGUACUGUUUCUCUUGUUUUCUUAAUCCUACAAAAACCCAGCCAGCACUCCCCUGCUCCUUCAUGAAAGAGGAUGGCUUCCAAUGGAAUCCGCUUCACCAGAUUAGAAGUAGGAGACCUGUUACUGCCAGUGGGAUUCCGAUUCCACCCCACAGAAGAAGAGCUGAUCAGCCAUUACUUGAAGUUGAAGCUCCGGGGAAUGGAUUCCCUCGUCGGCGACGCCAUCCGUGAAACCAAUAUCUGCAACUACGAGCCCUGGGACUUGCCUGCGAUUUCAUUGAUAAAGUCGGAUGAUGAAUGGUACUUCUACAACCGACCAAUUUACAAAAAAAACGGCAGAAACGAAAUUGAAAGGGCGACGGACACAGGCUUCUGGAAGAUCACUGGGCAGGAUAAAAUAGUCAAGGCUCGAGACAACAAAACUAUCGGUAAAAAGAGGAUUCUGACAUUUCGCCAAGGUCGCGGUCGUAAUGCCCCAGUUACCAACUGGGUCAUGCAUGAGUUUUACAUCCCUCAAAUCAAUCCUAAUGCUAAUCAGAGGGAUUUCGUUCUCUGUCACGUAAAGAAGAAAUCAGGUAAGAAUACGGAUGGUGCAACCUGUGAUGAAGGUGAAUCUAGUAAUUACAACAAUGCACCUGACUUUGAAAAUCAACUGCAACCAGCACAUAAUAUGCAUGUUGAAGAGGAACAUAAUCAGCCACCACAAAAUGUGGACAUUUUUCAGAGGCACAUGGGUAGUUUGCUUGCAGAUGCGCAUAGUAAUAAUGAUUACCAUGGAAUGGAGGAAAAUUCGGAAGAGUUUGUAAAUGGAUUUUUUGCGGAUGACCCGUAUCAGGAUUACAGUGAAGAAAUAACUCACGAUAACGUCUUUAACGACUCCACUAUGCCACAGUCACCUAGGAAGGUGUAUUUAAAGGAUUGUGGAGUAAGCAGUGACUCAGACACAGAAGUACAACAUCGAGCUGCAGAGGGCUCGAGUUUACAAAUGCUUAGUGUGCCACAAGCUAGUUCGAGCCACUCCAGAAGAGAGGAAGGUGUUAUGCUUCGUAACCAGACCUUAAGACAGGCUGCUUCCUCUAUCAAUGUGUUACCUAAACCUCAGACUGAUCGUCUUCAAUCAGUCAGUGAUGAAGAUUCUGGUACACAUCAAAUAACAAGCAGGCUGCAAAGUGCAUCAAGACCCAUUAAUGCCUUAAAAUUAAAGAGUGCUUCCUCUGUGGAUGUAGAUGCAGUUAGCCUUCAGAUUAACUCUAUUCAGUUAGCCUGCAACGAACACUAUAACAAUGAGAGAACAUGCAGAAGAACAUAUCCAACAAGUGCCCUCGUAGCACUAGGCAAACCUAAUGAAUUAGAACAGCAGCAAAGCAAGGCCAAAGAAGCUGCAGAGCGUCGAGCUGCUGUUGAUUUUCCCCCGAAGAGGAACUUUAUAUCAGAAUCUAACAAAGACAUAGAGGAAAGCAAUAAUACAGAAAAGGGUUUGAAGCAGACGCACAAUGCAACCACCGCCGGCAAUUGGAUGAGCUGUUCUUUGAUUUCCUGGGAAACUUCCCCCCCAUUAACAAGUCCCCCAUCAGUAUACCUUUUCAACACGGUUCUAGGUGCAAUAUUGUUCUUUGUUUUUGCUCGGGAAUUAGUUUUAUACGGGCAGUGGUGAUAGAUGAACGUCUCACAAUGAAUAAUAUGCCAGACUUAGUUGUUGCUUAUUGCUGCUAUAAAAUGUGGGAGUACCAGCCAUGUUUUGCAGUGAUGAAAUGUUUAUAUUUGGCAUCGCCUAUGGAGUUUGACAUGUUUCUGUUUCUACGAACCAGAUGUAAUGAUGUAUGGCUGGUACUGGAAUCUCAGUACAGUAUAUUGUUUUUUGUUUAAUCAUUUGGCUUGGGAUA